AACAGGCAACAGUCGGACUCAGUGCUAUCAAGACUGUGAAUAGGAACUACCGUGUUACUCAAAAUGAUCAUACCAAUUGCCGUAAUUGUAAUCUGCCUCUUAUUGUACUACUAUGGGACAAGAAAUUUCAAAUACUGGCAAAAACGUGGCAUCAUUCAUGAUAAGCCCAUUCCAUUUUUCGGUAACAACAUUGAUGGAUACCUCUUCAGGAAAAGUGUGACUCAAAUCGCAACGGACAUGUACAGAAAGUACCCAAAUGAGAAAGUGGUAGGGUUCUAUCGAGCAAAUAUUCCAGAGUUGGUGGUCAGGGAUCCAGAAACGAUAAAGAGGGUUUUAGUGACAGAUUUCGAACAUUUGUACCCUCGAGGGAUUAAUCACAAAGAAGUUGUGGAGCCUCUGAUGAGGAAUUUGUUUUUCGCGGAUGGCGACCUGUGGCGGUUAUUGCGCCAGCGCAUGACACCAGCCUUUACCAGUGGGAAACUGAAAGCAAUGUUCCCCCUGAUCAUUGACUGCGCUGACAGACUUCAGAAACGCGCUCUCACUGUAUCCGCUGCGGGGAAGAAAUUGGAUGCUCGCGAUCUGAUGGCGAGGUACACUACAGACUUCAUCGGCGCUUGCGGCUUUGGUGUCAACGCUGAUUCACUCGGGGACGAAGACUCUGCCUUCAGAAAACUGGGUGCACAGAUAUUUCAGCCUCGCGUUCAAGAUUUGAUAGUGGCUAUCUUGAAAGAAGUAUUUCCUGAUACAUUCAAACACUUGAAGUACCUAUCUCGGCUUGAAGAUGAUUUCAAAAAGUUCGUAUCUGAUGUUCUCCAUCUCAGAAAUUACAAGCCGUCGGGUAGAAAUGACUUCAUUGAUUUAAUGCUGGAGUGUAAACAAAAAGGAACAAUUGUAGGUGAAUCAAUUGAGCGGCGCGACAAGGAGGGACGCCCAGAAAAAGCGACCGUCGAACUGGAUGACACACUGAUAGCAGCACAAGUAUUCGUUUUCUUCGCAGCCGGCUUUGAGACCUCGUCAUCUGCUACCAGCUACACCUUACACGAAUUGGCAUUCAAUCCUGAAAUACAAGAGAGAGUACAAAAAGAAAUCGACACAGUUCUAGCCAAACAUGAUAACAAAUUGAGUUACGAUGCCGUUAAAGAGAUGACAUACUUAGAAUGGACGUUCAAAGAGGCUAUGCGAAUGCUGCCAUCGCUUGGAUUUUUAAUAAGGCAAAGUGUACGUCCAUAUACCUUCCCAGAGCUAGGAUUAUCAAUUGAUGCUGAUGUAGGAAUUAUGAUUCCGCUGCAGGCGCUUCACACCGAUCCAGAAUACUUCGAUAAUCCCAUGGAAUUUCGUCCAGAGCGAUUUGAUCCCGAGAAUUUCACUAGAAAACAGCGGGAUAUUUAUCUGCCCUUUGGUACUGGACCUAGAGCGUGUAUUGGAGAAAGAUUAGGGCUCAUGCAGUCAUUGGCUGGAUUGGCGGCUGUGUUGUCAAAGUUCUCAGUGUCACCGGCUGCAGAUACCAAACGUUGGCCAGAGAUAGACCCUCGAUCAGAUAUUGUCCAAACUAUUGUAGGAGGAUUGCCAUUACAAUUUAAUGAGAGAAAGCGAAAUGUGGUCAAUUUUAAUUAAAUUAAAGUUACACUUUAACGUAACUUCGAACAUGAAUUUUAGAAAAUGCAAUUUGUGUGAAGUGAUAUAAACUUGUUGCUGUGUCUAUGUUGUAAUUUUUGGUUGACGGUAAAAAUGUUCGAUGACUUUAUUCUUUACGUCAUAAACAGAACCUAUGGCUACAAGAUUCAAAAAUUACUUGUUAAAAUAUGACACUUUAUAUUAUGUGCAAUUCUUGUGCUAUUAUUUAUUAUUAAAAAAAUUGAUAUCCA